CCCUUUGGGUUUCCAUUGUGGCACUCCCCUAGACGUAUAAACCAAUCAAAAAUGCAGAGUUUAUUUUCCACUAAAACGUUCAGUAAAUGUAACCCGUGAUGUUCGCCCUCGCAAGAAGGCAGCAGUUCAUGCUUGACACUGUUUUUCUUUAGGUUGUGCUGUUGCGCACAUAUUUAACGGACGUGCGUCUUUUCGUUUUGGUCUUUACACAUAUUUAACGGACGUGCGUCUGGUCGUUUUGGUCUUUAUUGAUGGACAACAUUAAUCGUUAAUUGCGCUGAACGUCUAAUGUCGAUCUAAAGCAGCCCGCAGGAGGUGAAGCGGAUUCCUCUGGAGCCCUCCCGCAAUUAUGGCGUCCGGAUAUAGGUACGGGUCGCGGACCAUAGGCAAAGAUGAUGUGAACUACAGGAUGCAUUUCCGUAUGAUCAACGAGCAGCAAGUGGAGGAUAUUACUCUGGACUUUUUCUAUAAGCCGCACACAAUAACACUGUUAACAUGCACAGUGCUCAGCUUGAUGUAUUUCGCAUUUACAAGGGACGAGACAAACGAAGACGCUAACUUGUGGGUGGGCCUCAUCCUGACCAUCUCCUUCUUCCUGGUCAUCAGUGUUCUGGCCUUCCCUAACGGACCAUUUACCAGACCACAUCCGGCGAUAUGGCGAAUAGUUUUCGGUCUGAGUGUGCUAUACUUCCUGUUCCUGGUGUUCAUCAUCUUUCUGAACUGGGAGCAGGUGAAGAACGUCAUGUACUGGCUCGACCCAAACCUGCGCUACGCCACCCGGGAGGCUGACAUCAUGGAGUAUGCAGUGAAUUGUCACGUGAUCACCUGGGAGCGAAUCCUGAGCCACUUGGACAUCUUUGCCUUCAGUCACUUCUGGGGCUGGGGCAUGAAGGCCCUGCUCAUCCGCAGCUACGGUCUCUGUUGGACCAUCAGCAUCACCUGGGAGCUCACUGAGCUGUUCUUCAUGCACCUGCUGCCUAACUUUGCUGAGUGCUGGUGGGACCAGGUGAUCCUGGACAUCCUGCUGUGUAAUGGAGGAGGCAUCUGGAUGGGCAUGACUGUCUGUCGCUUCCUGGAGAUGAGGACCUAUCACUGGGCCUCCAUCAAGGACAUCCACACCACCACAGGGAAGAUCAAACGUGCUGCGCUCCAGUUCACCCCGGCUAGCUGGACCUACGUCCGCUGGUUUGACCCCAAGUCUUCCCUGCAGCGCGUCACUGGGGUCUACCUCUUUAUGAUCAUCUGGCAGUUGACAGAGUUGAACACAUUCUUCCUGAAGCACAUAUUUGUGUUCCCGGCGUGCCACGCCCUCAGCUGGUGUCGAAUCCUCUUCAUCGGCAUCAUCACAGCUCCCACCGUGAGGCAGUAUUAUGCCUACCUCACAGACACACAGUGUAAACGGGUUGGGACACAGUGCUGGGUGUUUGGGGCCAUAGCGUUCCUGGAGGCCUUGGCGUGUAUAAAGUUUGGAAUGGAGCUGUUCUCCAAGACCCAGGUCCUCUAUGUGCUGGUGUGGCUUGUGUGUGUGGCCAUAAUCACAUUCCUGUGUCUGUAUGGGAUGGUGUGGUAUGCAGAGAUCUAUGGUCCCAAAGAGAAGAGCUACUCUGAAUGUGAGGACAGCAACUACAAUGAGGACUUUGUGUCAGAACAAUGUAAAGGAGAACUGCAUUCUGAGGGUGAGACUCCUCCCACCCGGCGGCGGGGGCGGAGUUCAGGGAAGAACAAAUCCACCAAUGGGCUGAGGAAGAAGUAAUGCAAGGCCUGCCAUCCAUGGUGGAGUCCCGCCCUCUUCUCCUCUCUGAACCCCAGACCACGGAGGAAGAGGUGCAUGUUGGGAGAGGCGGAAGAGAAGCGGGACUGAGAGAAAGAAAGGAAAGAUGCAAACACUUUCCCUGUUCAACAUUUAACGUACGGAGAACCACCCAUCCAUAAGAGGGGAGAGUGUGGGCCCAGCUUAGAGGCAUGUUCAGUGGACAGGAUAGACAGACACCAUGUCCAUGCAGGGAAGGAAAGAGGGGAGCGUGGUCUAUAGAUCAGAUACCUACUGGUGGCUCACACGGUCAGAGCUCCUACCUACCCUACUGCUGAUCAGUGUGUGUGUGUCUGCGUAAGCGUGUGUGUGUGUGAUGGCAAUAUUGCUUAUCCUCAGUCAGAACAGAAGAAUGCAUGUUACAUUGUACAGGAGUUGGUAAACUACUGUGAUUGACUACAUUUAUCCUAUACGACAUUCAUGUGCUUCAGCCCAUAGAAUUAGGAAUUAUAAUACUAGAAUGGACAUGAACCUUCUUAUGAUGGUAUGAAGGUUGUCAACCAUUUU